AGUCCUUUGUCAUACUUUUGAAAUUAAAGUAGAUGUUAAAUACACACUAUUUUCAAUCAAAAUAAAAAUAUAUUUAAACUACAAAAAAAUGAAUGUUGGGUUAGUUAGGACUACAUAACAAGGAAACUCUAUUUAUCAAAAUGCAAAAGGAAAAAAAAUGACCUAGACAGCUGAAUUAGAAAUAGAAGACUGAUUAUUCUAUUUAUUUUCCUAGCAGGUAUAUUGAGAACGCUUGGUGCAAGCUAACACUACAUGUACCUGAUAUGAUUCAGUCUGUAUAUCUGUGGAAUCACUGAUACUCUUUUCUUUUUUAUUUCUGGAUUUUAGUCAUCUGGUCUGCUGUAGGGCUCUUCAUAUACCUACAUAUAUGGGUGCCUUGGGAAAUAAUUCUUUGCUCUGCUGUAAGAUAUGUUACCUUGUGAGAUAUUGGGUAAGAGAAUUUUGGAUCAUGUUUAAAACCGAUACCAAUCUUACAAAUACUAUGGAAGAAUUUCAGGAAUUGGUGAAAGCUAAUGGUGAGGAGUUACACUGCCGCCUAAUUGACACAUCUCAAAUAAAUGCUCGAGAUUGGUCGAGAAAGAUAACCCAGAGAAUAAAAUCUAACAGCAGUAAGAAACGAAAAGUUUCACUGCUCUUUGAUCAUCUGGAACCAGAAGAGUUGUCAGAUCACCUCACCUAUCUUGAAUUCAAGUCCUUCCGACGAAUAUCAUUUCCAGAUUAUCAAAACUACAUCAUAAAUGGAUGUGUGAAGGACAAUCCGACAAUGGAACGCUCAAUCACACUUUGCAACGGUAUUUCACAGUGGGUACAACUAAUGGUAUUAAAUAGACCAACACCACAGCUUCGAGCUGAAGUAUUCAUCAAGUUCAUUCAUGUGGCCCAGAAACUUUAUCAGUUGCAAAAUUUCAACACAUUAAUGGCUGUGAUAGGAGGUCUUUGCCACAGUUCCAUCUCUAGACUUAAAGAAACAAGUUCUCAUGUUCCUCAUGACAUCCAUAAGAUAUUCAAUGAAAUGACUGAAUUGCUUUCAUCUGGUAGGAACUAUGAUAAUUACAGACGUGCUUAUAAUGACUGCAGUAACUUUAAAAUCCCUAUUCUUGGAGUACACCUGAAAGAUUUAAUUUCACUUUAUGAAGCUAUGCCAGAUUACUUGGAAGAUAAAAGAGUUAAUAUGCACAAAUUGUAUUCUUUGUACAAUCAUGUUAAUGAAUUGAUACAGCUGCAAGAGAUAGGUCCCCCUCUGGAAGCUAACAAAGAUCUUGUCCAUCUCCUUACAUUGUCACUUGACCUUUACUAUACAGAAGAUGAAAUUUAUGAACUUUCAUAUGCACGAGAGCCAAGAAGUCACCGGGCUGCACCAUUGACACCUUGUAAACCACCAGUUGUAGCAGAUUGGGCAUCUGGAAUUGCCCCCAAACCUGAUCCAAAGAUAAUUAGUAAGCAUGUCCAGAGAAUGGUAGAUUCUGUUUUUAAAAAUUAUGAUCAUGAUCAGGAUGGAUAUAUUUCUCAAGAAGAAUUUGAGAAGAUUGCUGCAAGCUUUCCUUUCUCCUUUUGCAUAAUGGAUAAGGACAGGGAAGGUCUGAUUAGCAGAGAUGAAAUUACAGCCUAUUUCAUGAGGGCCAGUUCAAUCUAUUCAAAAUUAGGCCUUGGCUUUGCCCACAAUUUCCAGGAGACCACUUACCUAAAGCCGACAUUCUGUGACAACUGUGCUGGAUUUCUUUGGGGUGUUAUUAAACAAGGAUAUAGGUGCAAAGAUUGUGCAAUGAACUGUCAUAAGCAAUGCAAGGAUCUAGUUGUAUUUGAAUGCAAGAGAAGACCCAAAAUGACAGCUGUGGAUAACAGUCCAACAUCAGCUCUUGCAUCUAGCCUCUGUCCCAUGGGACUUAAAGAGCAUAUGCAUGGGCUGGAGGAAGGAGGAUUUCCAUUUCCUAAUGGCGAGGUGGUUGAACAUAACGAAGGCAGCAAAGAUAGAACUAUUAUGCUCAUGGGAGCAUCAGCCCAGAAAAUCUCAGUAAGGCUAAAGCCAUCUGUGGUACACAAGGGUAUACAAACUGAUAUAAUGAUGGUGCUCGGUAAUGAAGUGUCUAAUCUACAAAGAGAGUCUGGAACAUCAUCUGAAAGUAGUUUUCUGCAGCCGUCUUCUAUGUUUCCAUGUCCAAGUCCACUUCUUGCCCGGAAAAAGGCAUAUGUGAAAUGGGAAAAUAAGGAUUGCAGUCAAAAAGUGAAGGAAGAUCCACAAACACUAAAACCCACAUAUCAAGAACUAGAAAAGGAAAGAAAUGUUCUGACUGCAGAGAAUGAAGCUCUCAAGCUGCGCCUUAAACAAGCUCAUAAGAAGAUUGAAUUCCUCAGCAUUCAACGAAAUCACAUACUGGACACUAGGGAACAUGGAGACUGCUUGUAGCUUAGAAGAAAGACAUAGCGAGGAAAAGGAUAAAGCCAGUGCGUUUUUUGAGUGUAUUUAAGUGAAUGCAAUUAAAUGUGUGCAGCAUGGCAGGAAUUUAAAGUACGAUUGUCAUAUUUUGACUGCUAUUAGUACUUGUGGAUGUAUAUAUUUUGUGCUAUCAGUUUAACUAGUUUGCCUUCUGUUUGACUGCAACUACAACGUUUGAAGUUCCUGUUAUUUUUAGAGCAAGGAACACACCUGUUGCCAAAGUAACCAAACUGCAUUAUCAAAUAGGAAUGUGUACCUUGGGCUAAUUGUUGCUAAUUUUGGCAAUGCAAACUUGAAAAUGGGCAGGGUUUUUUUAUUUGAAAGUUAACUUCACAAAUGUUGCGGCUUGAAUGGGCAUGUGAGUAAAACAGCCGUUUCCAUAUUCUUUUUGAAUUAGUUGGUGUCUUUCAAAGGAUGCUCAUUUCAGAUAGGCAGUUCCAAAAGCUUCCUCUUGGCAGAGGUGCACAGAAUAUGGGCAAAAAUAUAAAGAUGCUAGCCACAAAGGUAUAAUCAAAGUUUCAUCUGUUUUUUAUGUACAUUGCAUACACACACACACAACCUGUGUCAUGGUAGCUCAAUGACUUAAAAGACACUGGAGAAAGUCUGUAUUCCAGCAGUUCAAGUCCUAUCACUGCGUGACAGAGUGAGCUGUCACUCGCCUCAGCUCAAAACCAUGCCAGCCUAGCAGUUCCAUGUAAAUGUAAGUAGAUAAAUAGGUACCACUUCAUGGGAAGAUAACAGCAUUCUGUGUUUCAUCAAACACUUUGCGCUGAAGCAUGAUGUCAUGCUGGCCAUAUAACUGAGAAUAGUUAGAGAUAGUACUGGCUCAAUAGCUUAAAGAAACAGAGAUGAGUUUCCCCCCCACCCCAAAGAUGGCUACAAGUAGUAGAGUAAAAGCCACAGGGACUCCUUUUCUUUCACACACACACACACACACACACACCAAACUGACAGAACUGUGAUGCUCUUGGCACUUCACCCUAGAGUCAUCACUAUGCGAAAAGAUUUUCAACCUGGACUUUGGCACUGACGUUCUAAAACAAAGUCAAAACGAGCAAUUUCAAAUGGCUAUAAAUUUGCAUGAUCCAGCUUUAAAAAUAUCUUUUUUAAAAAUAUCCCCAGAAAAAGGCUUUUGAUUAAGUUUCUAUUGUAGUCAAUAGACCAGAUUCCUUUUGCUUGUAAAUCUUUAAUCAGUUCAGGCUUUCAUAGAAUACCUUUUAAUGAGAAGGAAUGAACCAGAUUAGCAGCAUCAUUUUUUACUGUGCCAUGUAGACCAGCAGUAAAGCUGCUGACAGUAAAGUCAAUGCUGGUCAGUUUUGAUCUGUUAUUGUCAUGUGCUACAAGCAUAACUUAGCCAUAAUCCUAUUGCUUUUGUUCCCCUAGCUGGAAGGUACAGGUAAUUGCUGACUUGACUGUUCAAAGGUACAAUUUAUCUCCCCUGAGAAUACUUAACUACUCAGUUCCAAAAUUCUGAUGACCAUCUCUCCCUGCGUAUUUACAGAUAUUUGCAGCAUCCUGUGAUCACCUGACCAUGUUUUAGAAUGGUUUUGCUGAAAACUGGCAUUUACUUCAUGUUUUCAGCACACACAAAAAAGCCUAUAGCAAACCAUUGCUUUCCUUAAAAGCCUCAGCAUUUGUUUAGUGACCAUGGUGGCUGCUUUAUGAUCGCAAUGGUUGCUAUACAGCUGCCACAAAAAGCUCAUAAGAUUAGGUCAGUCAUGUGGAUGAACCCUUUUACAACCAUCAUUAGUUAUGACUAUGAUGGACAGACUCCAUUACAGUCAUAAGUCAAGUAGCCGUACAUGCAGUAUAUUGAUACACUGCAAAAUGAGCAAAAUGAAAAGAAAUAAUGUGUAAAUUCAAUGUGUACCAAUAUCGUAGAAACUAAGAUGGUUUGCAAGAAUAGAAAAGAAUGGAGAGUUAUAGCAAAUCAUGACUGUGCAAACUGAUUUAAUUGGAUUUCUUUUCUCUUUUUGCACACCACUUCUGUGCUUUGCGUGACAUUUAGCUUGCACUGAAAAGGUAUAGCAAAAAGAAAUGGCAUGUUGGGUAUGUACAGUACGUAUUUAUGUUUAUAAAUACAAUAUUCAUUUGAUUCAUAGUGAAAGGUGUGCUAUACUUCUUUUUUGACCAUUGUGAAAGAAAAUAUUCUCACUUGCCAAAUCCAGUGUGCAAGAUUUCCCAGCCCCUCUGCACUUUUGCUAAUCCAACCACUUACAAAUAUCUGCGUAUCUCCCUCGACCUGCAGAGCACCCCUUGUGUAUAUCUCUCUGACCAUAACUCGAGAACCACCUGAUAAGCACAAGCGAUGCUAAAAGCCAUUUUCAUGUCUCAUGUCUACAUUUCUUUUUUAAUAGUAAUUUUAUUAAAAAUUGCAAUUAAAAUUGCAACAAUAAAAAUAAUACAAUUAAAAAAAAGAAAAUACAAAAAGAAAAAGAAAAUAUAUAAAGAAAUGACUCCUCUGUUCAACACAAAUAUAAACAAUUUUAGUAACAUAUUACCCUUAAAAAAUAAGUAUAUCUAUCUUCUUCCCAUAUUCUAUCUAUUAUCUAGAAACAAUUAAAUGAAACCCCAUCAUUUAAGCCCUGGUGUUAGCAAAAGUCAGUUAGGGAUUACCAGAGAUAAUGUAUCUAUUUUAACCUAGAUCAAAUUUAUAUUCCUUCAUUUUACUUCUAAUGUUGCUCUUUAGUCCCUUCAAAUAAUGUCCUAGAACCAUGAUGGCAAACCUAUGGCACGUGUGCCACAGGUGGUACACAGAACCAUAUUUGUGGGCACACGAGCAUUGCCCUAGCUCAGCUCCAGCGUGCAUGUACACGCCAGCCAUCUGAUUUUCGGGCCUUCCAGGCCCACUGGAAGUCGGGAAACUGGCUGUUUCCGGCCUCCAUUGGGCCUCCCGGGGGGGUGGGGGAGGCCAUUUUUGCCCUCCUCAUACUCCUAGAAAGCUUCUGGAGCCUAGGGAGGGUGAAAAAUGGGCCUACCGUGCCCACUGUGCCAUUGCAUGCCAAAAGCGGGGGGAGCACGGAGGGUUGUGUGCAGGGGGCAGGGCGCAUUGAAUUAUAGGUGUGUGCACACAUGCGCAUUAGCCAUCACUAUCCUAGAACAUGCUUUCUUUUCACUUUUUUUCUCCCGUCACAAAAUUCUUCAAAGCUUUAACAAGUCUCUUUUGUAAAUCCAAAAUGGGAAAAUUAUCUAGCUCACUUUAUUGUUUUGUUAUUUGUACAUCCCCUUUAAUUGUUAAGAAAUGAGCUGGGUUCUUUUGUAUGUUCAACAUAGCAUCACUUUCCAUGUCAUUCUUUACAAUUUCUGAAGGUGAUUACAAAAGAAAAGUAUGCAAACCUAGUGUCCUUUUAAAGGCACCGACUACGAUUUGAGCAAGGUGGCUAUUCCCUCAUCUGCCAGAGCUAUAAAGCCACUGGUGACUGCUGUCUUGUAGUCCCCUCACAAGACGCAAUUGUCUGGAACACUUGUGGGUGAUCUCAAGUGUUCUUGUCUGUAAAGGGAUUGCAAACAGCUUGGUUAAGUUGCUGUCUCUUCACUGCCAGUCAUUGGCUCUGCUUUUCAUAGAACUGUCUUGAGUUCUUCUCAAGACAGUUCCAUGUCCAUAAUUAUUCUAGAACUGACAAAUCAGUAGUACACUAUAAAAUAUUGUGUAGCAAACUGUUGAUUUUCAUGUAACUUUUGUUCUAUUUAUUUACAACUUUGUUAUAGAGCUCUGGUUCCAAAUGUAAUUUAUUUUUUGUAAUAAUGUAUUUCCCCAGCUAAAAUGGUAUUUAUACUUUGUGUAUAAUAUAUAGUUACUCUUUUUUUGAGUAAUGUCAUGGUACUAUUAUAUUUGUACAUUUCCUUAUAAGGCUCAACUUAAUCUGUUAGAUUCUUUAAAUAAGCAGCUUUUGUAAUUUAAAUAUUUUUCAGAAACAUCUCCGAUUGAUGUUAGGUAACUGAUUAUUUAAUGUAAAUUAUUGUAUAAUAAAAAUGAUUAAUGCAUGUUUUUUUAAGGUUGAACUGAAAACUAGAAGUUAUACACUAAACGUGAACUGAAGCAAUGAAAAUCACUGGAUUGCACUUGAUAGUUGUCUGUAUUCUUUUCCAAUAUUUGCUUACCUUUAGCAGUCAUGUAUAAGCCAGCAUAGGAUACCUCUUUAAGAGGAAGCUGACAGUUCUGAUGUGUAUAUCUGUUCACACUGAAUCACCUUUUUCUCCUCCCAGCCUGUCCAAGUAUUUUUGUGUGUGUACACACACACAUAUGUACGUUUCAUAUGUACCAUGUUUCAUGUCAACUUAUGAACAUAAUUUUGAUCAUAAAUCAUUGUGAUUCUAAGUCAUGGCACCCCUGUGACUAGAGAUGAUUUUUUUUACCAUUUUUAUUGGUCUUUCAGUAAAUCACAUGGUCGGUAAGUGAAUCCAUUUUAAGGGAAUGGGUAUUUUUUGCCAGAAACCAGGAAAAAGCAUUGCAAAUCAGUUAUGUGACCAUGGAAUAUUGUAAUUGGUCACAAAUGCAAGCCAACUGCCAAGUGCCCAAAUGUGCUUCUGACCAUGGGGGGGAGGCGGCAGGGGGCAACAUUUUAUAAGGGUUGAAAGUGCUUUAGAGACUGUAAAACACCCUUUCCGAAGGCUGUUAUAAUUUCAAAUGGCUGUUAAACAACUAGUCAUAACUCAAGGACUAUCUCUACACAAGGUGAUUCUGUUACGUGCUGAGAAAAGAGUAGUUUUAUUUGCAUCCUGCAAGAAAAAUGGAAAGAUGGACUGAUAAGAUUUAUAGACUUUUAUAUUUUCCAGAAUGAAUUUUUAUAUGACUUAGUGGUGCUUCUCUCCCUAGAUAAUCAUGGAUAACAAUGCAUUUUUGUAGUAAUAUGUAGUGUAUUAGAAUUCUGUGCGGAAGGGGUCUUUGGACUGUCUGAAUCCAACCUUCUGAUUAAUGGAUGUAUUCCAAUUAAAAGUCGGCUUGUCCGAUUUCUGCUUGAACACAGCCAGUGUAAGGGCCAAAGUAAAUGGUUCAAUUGUCAACAAUUGUGAAGUUCUACCAUUUAAGGCUAAACAUCAAAGAUCCCUUGGCUCAAAGGUUUAUUUUUCAAUUUUCUCAUCAAGCUCUUCGCCCUUUCAACUGUUUUAACUUUUUCUACAUCUCAUGGCAUCCAGUACUAGGUUAGGCAUCUAUUGAAGUAGGGCCUAACAAAUAUGGAAUGUAGUGGAAGAAUUUCCAUGAUAUACACACAUCUUUUAAAAAACCUUGUCUCCCAUCAGCUUGUAAUUAACUAUAAUUCCAAAAUUGCGCAUUGACUUUGUCCAGAGAAAUGCAACCUCAUGACACGCUAGACCUUGGGGAGCAAAAGCCCCAAAGCCACUCUUUUUCUAAAGUAGAGUUGGAGCUGGUUCCUCCCCACCCAGAUUCUCACAACCUGCAACUGCUGGGCCAACACCUCAGCAGCAGCAUAUGCCUGGCUAAAGGUAAAGAUUUAAUGGCUAGCAUCAAUAUCAUACUGUCGAUACUCCACCCCUUGCCACUGAAUGACCUCAGCUGGCAGUUUCAUUUAGAUACAGAUAUUAAAGGAAGGCUUGAUUAGCUAAAUUAUGUUCCAACUCAAUUAUAGUCAGCCUCUUCAAGGAAAAUUGGAAUAGUUUAAAAUAUACUGUAUUUUAUCAAUACAACUGAAAUUUUAUUGAUGAUUAGUGACUCCAUUUCUAUGUAAGUUAUUUAUUUAUCCUGAGGAAGAGAGAACUGGCAAACUAAGCCAAGCAUAUCAUAUACUGAGCCUAGUUCUGUCUUUUGCACUUACCUUAACCAUGUUGUGCUUAUGGGGAGUUGAUUGUGACAAUCAGGAUUUACUUCUUAGUAAACUUAAUAAAACGAUUAAGUAAUCAUUUGCAGUUCCUCUUCCCAAGCUGAUUAUAUACAUUUAUAAACAUUCCAUGAAGAAAUUUUGCCACCACUAGCAGUGAAAUCUUACUGCUAUAGUUCAAGUCAUGUUAUAUAGCAAGUGUUCUGAACUUAAAACUACAGUAAGACUUUUUUAGUCCACUUCACCUCCCAUAAACAGAAUUAUUACAAAAACUGUCAUUUAAAAUAUCUGAAUAUGAUAAAAGUAUAAUUUUCCCUUACAUUAAAAUUAAGUAGCUAUGAUGGUGUGAAUUACUAUGGUUGCAUUGAUUAAAGAAAUCCUGUUAAGUGAUGGCUUGUAGAACUAUAUCUGGUCACUUUAGUGUUGACUAUUGCAUCAAGAUUUUCCUAACUCAACAGAGCAUGUUGCUUAAAGGAGGUGCCCCCGUGUGGUGAUGGCUAGUAUUUAUAUCAGCCAGUUAAAAAAAAUCAUCAGAAAUGUCUACUGACUACUAGCUGCAAACAUGCAAACACAUUCAGAAUUAAAACUGGACAUCUGCUGAAUUCCAGCACAAAGUUAGCUUAUCCAGUACUAAAGCUGUCAUCUCUCUCCUGUUCCCUCUCUCCUAAGUGCCAAACACUGUACAACUGAUAAUAUGAAGGCAUAUCUGCACUCUGUAAAACCCCUACUAGGUUUUGAGUUGAUAUUUCUCUCUUCUCUAUAACCAAUGGUUAACAAAAUAAAUGAUUAUCUCUGCAAAUUUUGCUCAGUCAGUAAAAGGAAAUGAACUGCUGAUUUUCAAUGACAGCAAAGGUAGGUAUAGGCACUUCAAUUUUCAAGAGGUGAGCAAAGCAAUCCAAACUGAAAGUAUUUAUUUUACAUUUGAAUGUGGUCAAAUCUUAAUAAAAGUAUUCUAAAAAUAUCCAUUUCAAAAUUUGCUAUUUUAAGAAAGCCUGCAAUUUUUCAAAUGCAUUUGUUCAUAGAUUGCCACAUACAUCCAACCAUAUGUUAGCCACUUAAUACCACCUUG